ACAACAAAAACUUGGGCGCGUUUUGCAGAAAAAGGGCUGUGAAAAUUGCAAUUUUUGCGGCGGUUUAAUUGCAUAAUGCUCGAAGGGUGGUACUGCAGAGGCAUGCAAGCGCGACAGCAAGGUGAGAUGGACUCGUUCAACGCGGAACCGGAUCUCGACAACGAUAGCACCGAGGACGACAGCGACGACGAGGGCUCCGGCAAGCGCGAUGUCGACUACAAGGCCCUGUACACCGAUUUGAAGAAGAAACUCAAAAUCCUGCUCUACGAGAACGUUUACUUCCAAAACAAUCUGCGCAGCAAUCAAAGGCGGCUGUUGAAAGUGACUCGCGAUCGAUCAUUCCUUCUGGAUCGUCUGCUGUGCUACGAGCGGCCCGAUCUAUCGUCCUCCGAUAACGAGACGACGGAUUCAUCGGAGGACUCGUUGCGGAUAGAGCCGGUGACGAAGAAACGCCGAUCCGAUGCUAACCUCUCCCGGUCGUCGACUGUGGUACAGACCAAGCGUACCAAUAAGAAAGGACCCCGAAAGCAAUCGCAGGGGCAGCAGGGACCGUCACACCAAGGGACACCGCAGCAGAGUUACGCGGUGGCGAGUGCGGAGAGUGCCGGGAAUCAAACCGAAAUGCCUCAGCUACAUAAACCACCGUCCGAGUUGCUCGACACUCCGUUCAUUCCCGACAUCUUGAAGCCAAAUCAUGCGGAUAGUGCUUCCACCGAGAAGCAGUUGACCAAGGAGGAGAUAGAAAGACACCUGCAGUCCCGGAAGAUGGUGCCCGAAGUCGUGCCGGAAGGGGAGCUACCGAGCGAAAUGUUCAACAACAAUCCAUCCAGCGAAUCGAACGAUGGUCUGGAUGAGCCGUCGGCGGGCAACUUCGAGGACGACUGUUUCCCGGCGGAUCUCAAUUUACUCCAAUGAAUGUGCAUUUUACACUUUGUCACGGUUCACAAUAAAAUCCAUGUGUGUGGCUUGACCACAUUUUCAUACUACCAAAUGCUUUGUUAGUGGAAAAA